GUGCGCGGGCCGGCAGAGGAGGAGGUGGCGUCGCCAUUUUGUUGUGUGCUCGGAGUCUGUAACGGAAGCAGGGCGAAGGCUUAGCCUGAGACCCCGAGCCGGCAGCCCCCCCCUUUUUUUUCCCCUUUUUUCUGGUUUUCCGUUUUUUUUUGUUUCCUGUCUGCAGCUCUAGCCCCGUCUAUCCGCGCGCACGUCCACUCUUUGGAGGUCAUGGCUGAUGUCGACAAACUGAACAUCGACAGCAUCAUCCAGCGGCUGCUAGAAGUAAGAGGAUCGAAGCCUGGAAAAAAUGUUCAACUUCAAGAGAAUGAAAUUAGAGGAUUAUGUCUGAAGUCUCGAGAAAUCUUUCUUAGCCAGCCAAUUUUAUUGGAACUUGAAGCACCUCUUAAAAUUUGUGGUGAUAUUCAUGGACAAUAUUAUGAUCUGCUACGUCUCUUUGAAUAUGGUGGAUUUCCCCCAGAAAGCAACUACUUGUUUCUCGGAGAUUAUGUGGAUCGAGGGAAACAGUCCUUGGAAACUAUUUGUCUACUUCUGGCAUACAAAAUAAAAUAUCCAGAGAAUUUCUUUCUUCUUCGAGGAAAUCAUGAGUGUGCUAGCAUUAACAGAAUCUAUGGCUUUUAUGAUGAAUGUAAAAGAAGGUAUAACAUUAAAUUGUGGAAAACCUUUACAGACUGCUUCAAUUGCUUGCCAAUAGCUGCCAUAGUAGAUGAGAAGAUUUUUUGCUGUCAUGGAGGUUUAUCACCUGACCUUCAAUCAAUGGAACAAAUCAGGAGAAUCAUGCGUCCUACUGAUGUUCCAGACCAGGGUCUUCUCUGUGACUUGCUUUGGUCUGACCCUGACAAAGAUGUGUUAGGCUGGGGUGAAAAUGACCGAGGUGUAUCGUUUACUUUUGGGGGGCAGAAGUUGUGGCAAAGUUCCUUCACAAACAUGAUCUGGAUCUCAUUUGUCGAGCUCAUCAGGUGGUUGAAGAUGGAUAUGAAUUUUUUGCCAAGCGGCAGUUGGUAACACUUUUCUCAGCCCCAAACUACUGUGGAGAGUUUGACAAUGCAGGAGCAAUGAUGAGUGUAGAUGAAACAUUAAUGUGCUCUUUCCAGAUUUUAAAACCUGCAGAGAAAAAGAAGCCCAAUGCAAGCCGACCAGUAACGCCACCACGAGGCAUGAUCACAAAACAGGCGAAAAAAUGA